AUGACAGAAGCACCACCAACAAAUUGGUACGAUUACCUGCUCUCUCUCUCUAUUCCAUUUGCAUUCCCUUUGAGGAUGAGUCAUAAAAUCAAAAAGAUCAAUGAAAAGCUAGAUGCGAUAGCUAAUGAUUUCAAAAAAUUUAAUCUUGGACUUGAAGAGAAAGUUGAGAACCGACGUGUUAUUCUCAGGGAUACCCACUGCUUUGUGAUACCUUCUAAUGUGAUAGGUCGUAAUCAAGACAAAGAAAACAUCAUAGAUCUUUUAGUCAAGCCAACCGAUACUAAAAAAUUCCCCGUUAUCCCUAUAGUUGGAAUUGGAGGUUUAGGGAAGACCACGCUUGGUCAACUUGUGUACAACGAUGAAAGGAUCAUUAGGCUCUUUCCUUUGAAAAUAUGGGUGUGUGUGUCAGAUGAGUUUGAUCUUGCUAGGUUGCUUUGUGAUGUUAUUUACUCCAUUACGAGAGAAAGAUAUGAUGUAUGGAAUGAAGAUCAUGUAAAAUGGAUGGAACUGAGAGAUUUACUGAUGACAAUGGGUAACUUUCAACAAAGUAAAAUCCUUGUGACUACACAGAGUUCAAAAGUUGCUUCGAUAGUGGGUAUUAUUGCUCCGUACAACUUGAAAGGUCUUAGUCACAAAGAUUCUCUGUCUUUGUUUGUAAAAUGGGCAUUUAGGGAAGGGGAUGAGAAAGUGUAUCCAAACCUUAUGAGAAUUGGUGAUGAAAUUGUGAAAAAAUGCAAAGGGGUUCCACUCAGAGUGAGAACUUUAGGGAGCUUGCUCUACAUGAACACUGAGCAACAUGAAUGA